GCGCGGACAUCAACAUCAUAGAUCAUCCCUUGCAUGUUUUCACCUGUGCGCGCACUGCAGCCACAGAUAGGACAGUACAAGACGCACGUAUUGUGUAAUUUGGGGGAAACCAUUGGAGCGUUCGUGCGAAAAACCGAUUGAGCCAGUUUUUGGAAAACAAUUCAUGGAGUGUUUCGGUCAGCAGAAAAGACCACUGUAGUCUCCUCCUGUGGCACAUUUAGCGGAAAUGCUUUACCUGGUGUUUCAGUUCGGACUGUGAACCACUUUGGAGAGGAACGCAGUGGAAGCGCUUCAAAUGUAAAGCAGAUGAGGCAGAAUUUGACCUAUCAAAUCGGGAUUUAAAAGUAUUUAAUCCAAAGGGAGUAGGUCCAGUGUGAGGUGGGAUGUCUGGCCGUGAGUCUGUGGGAGACCUGAUCCCCCAGGACGUUGCGGAGGUGUUUGCCCAUGAGAGGCAAACCAAAGGGGGCCGUAGGAAGAAGCGUGGGGGCUCCCUGGGUCGGGCCUUCAGCUGGUUCAAGGGAAAGAAGAAGAAGGAGGUCAAUGCUAACGGACAGAUCCAGGACUUUCAUUCAGUUGGUCCAAAGACUGGCAAGAUCUCCCCACAGGGCCACAGCCAUGCAGUCCCAAAGCAGGAGGAUGAGGGGACUCACGUCCCUUCACACGUCCAGGAGAAUGUGUUCAUCGAGGGCAGCCGGCCCAAGUACCUGGAGGACCUGCACACUGAGGCCCAGGAGGGACUCAAACUUCAGCAGCAAGAAGAAACAAAUAAUGGGGUGGAUUACCAGGAUGACCAAAGCAUCGCUUCAACAGUGACCCGGCAGCCUGACGAGACUGAGAGUGACAGUUACAGAGAGAGGAGAGGCUCUUUGUCAGACAGCACUAUACUAGACACCAUGUCCCAGGUCUCAACGCGCUCCGCUGUCUCCACACGGUCCUCACGGUCAGGACUGACCCGCCAAGCAUCAACCUUCAGGCCCCUGAAGUCAGAUAAGAAGCCAGAGAAGACCAAGGCCAGGAGGAGACACAGGAGAACCACAGUUAUGGGGAUACCACAACACAUCCAGAGGGAACUGGGGCUGGAUAGAGCAUCAUGGGCAGCUCGUCGGGUUAUAGACGAGGACGGGCUCCAUAACUGUGAGAGCCUGGACAUCCACACCAUUGAUGGGCUUCACCUAGCUGAUUCCCAGGAGGGUGUGAGGAUAUAUCUCCAGUCUGUAGAAGGCCUGCAGCCCGUUAGUGAGGACCAGGUUCAGAAGUUCCCCUCCCGGGCCGGUCACACAGAUGACCUGGCUCUCCUUCAGCGCAUGGGCCCCCAGCUGUGCGGCCUGAAGAGGCCCAAUUCCCUGGCCGUCCCCUGGAUGACCACGGUGUCCGGCCUGCCGCACCAUCCCCCCAGCCCUGUCAUGUCCAUGUCCCCCCAGGCCACCUACAUGUCUAAGAUCAUCCCCAAUGCCGUGCUGCCACCCUCCAUCGACGUGGUGGAGAUUAGCCAUAACCGCAGCCGGAGCAGUGUCCGUACCGUCAGUAAGAGCAGACUGCUGCUGGCCAGCCCUGCCUCCUCCAGAGCCUCCUCCCGCGCCUCCGCCAUGUCCUCUGCCUCCCGAUACAACCCACCACACUUCUCUGACAGCUCUGGAUGGAGCCACUCAGAGUCCUCUGAGACCCUGGUGUCUGACUCCUCCACUGUCUCCUCCAACAGCACCACCAGACAGGGGGGGGAUGGGGAGGGCUCAUCCAGGGAGAUGGCCCUGGACAGAGAGAGUAUCCACUCCUCUGUCAGUAAGGCCUCCAGGACCUCAACCAUCAAAGGGAAGGGGAAAGCCAGAGGGGAUGAUGGCAAACAGGAGGGGCCCUUCAUCCGAAGCCUAUCUGUGAUGAAGUCCAAGAGGGCACCGGCCCCACCCAGCCGCUCCUACUCCUUACACAAGGACAAGAUGAAGCGGCGCUCACGAGACCUGACUGACAUCAGGGUGGCUGCCCCUGCCCAAAGCAGCCCAGUCCGUGGUGGGGAGGCUAAGGCUGUCAGUGCUGGGGAGACCGGCUCUUCUCCCAUGCCCUCCAGCAACAAAAGUAGCCCUGGAUACACAGCAGACACCAGCUCUCUGGAUGAGUCCUCGGACUCUGUGACCACCAACUCCUUUAACACCCGACAGCAAGCAGUCAGGGGAGAGGAGAGGAAUGAGCAGCCAGGCUCCACAGGCUUCUCUCCCCAGAAACAGACCCCCCAGGAAAACAUCCUGAAGAAGACUGUUUCCCCCUCCAGCUGCUAUCCCAGCACGGGUGGCAUGCCCACCCUCCCCUCCAAACAGACCCAUAACUCAUCCCCAGGAAACAAGAGGGGCAUCCUGGCCAAACUAGCAAGCAUUUUCCCCAAGGCACCAUCCUCAUCACCUGUUAUUCAGCCACAGGCCUCUGACAGCAGCAAGACGCCUCGUCCAUCCCCUCCAGUCGACACUGUAACUUCCUCACCUUCAGUCAUGGCACUCAGAGAGCUGUUCAACAUCCCUCCCCCACCCAAAGUGUGUGCCCCCUCCCCUCCUCCCCCGGAGGUAUGGGCACACAACAAGCGCACUUUUGAACUGCUGCUAGGUCCCCCGGCCCCCAACAACACGGAUAUGGUGGUGCGAAAGAACCCAAAGGAUCGACGACAGCAGAGGCAGUCUCCUUCCACAUCAAGAGAGGCUUCUGAGUCUGCACCAGAGCAGGAGGCAGGAGGUGUGCUAGAUAGGGUCACUGAGCCUCUGUCUAAAGAGCAGACCAGUAAUCCAGCAGCACUAACAUCUGUGUCAGGAAACGGUCAGGAGAGUCCAAAGGUCCAGGAAAAAGAUGGGUUGAGUCCAGUGGUUAUGGAAGUGGGAGAUAAAGGACCGACUCAAAUAGAGCCUUCUGAAGGUAUGAAAAGUAAUAGUGAAGUGGCACAGAAAGUUGAACAAGAGAGGGUACAAGGAAGUCAGUUGGUGGUUGAACCAGAGAAGGUCAAGGUAAGUCAGAUGAUAGGUAAACUAGAGAAGGUCCAGGCAAGUCGGUUGGUAAAUGAAAAGUCAGUGAACGCCUCAGUAGCUCCAGGAAGGGGCCUACGAAAAGUAAAUACAGAAAUACAGACUCCUGCUACAGAGAAAAGGACUGAAUCUCAACUUAAAAUGGACACGUUGUCCAUGCUUAGCCCUGCUCUAGCACGCGUCUCGCCAUCUCCUUCUCCUCCCCCAGCACACUAUCCUCCCCUUCCCUCUUCCAAACAGAUCCCGCCAGUGACCAUACUUGGGGUCCCCUCAGAUUCUUCACCCGCUCCAGAGCUCCCACUAGUCUACCCCACUGGGGAAUCCUUCUGGCCUCCUCCCCCACCUCCCAUGGACUUGGCCACCCUUGGCGAUGAGCUUGACCUCCCCCUUCCCCCACCACCCAGUGGUUGUGAGGAGGGGGUUAUUAUGACAGAACCUGUGCCCCCUGUUUCAGAGGGGACAGUGGGUGCUCCAAACCCUGCCCGACCUGCACCUCAGGAAGUUUCAUCUGUACCCCAGGGAAUACCGCAGCCCAGUCCAGGGAUCACAGAGUGCCAGAACCAAGAGAAGAUGUCCCUCAGCAAGAGCUCUCCCACUCCCCCAGAGGAGGCCCCUACUCCUGUGGUCACCCCCUCCCUUCUGCAGAUGGUCAAGCUGAGGUCUGUCAAUAAUGGUGACCAGGGUCUGAAAAAGGACCAGAGUCAGGGACAGAACCAUACAGAGGUCACUUUGAGGGCCAAACAACCCAGUAACGGGGAGGCUCCACAGAAGCCUAUUCGAAGGUCUCUGAUCAUGACAGCUCCCCCUCCCACUGUCACAUCCCCACCUACUACUGUUGUCUCACAACUUCCCACAGCCACUGUCCCAGAGGCAGCCCUAACCUCAGCCACUGUCCCGGAGGCAGCCCUAACCUCAGCCACUGUCCCAGAGCAGGCAGCCCUAACCUCAGCCACUGUCCCAGAGGCAGCCCUAACCUCAGCCACUGUCCCAGAGGCAGCCCUAACCUCAGUCCCAACCACAACCACAACCACAGCCAAGUUCCAGCCCAGCAUAGUUAAUUUACCCUCAAAGUCCUCUACUGUCACCUCUCCUACAAGUAAGUCUCCUUCUGCCUCAGUCACCAUGAGAAUGCAGGAGGCCAUUCGCUUGAGGACAGAGGCCAGAAGUAAAGAGGGGCCUCCCUCUCAUCUCAGCCUGCACUCCCCAACUUCCCCAACAAGUCUCAAGUUCCCCUCAUCUACCGCCAGUUUCAUCUUCGCCAAGAGCACAAAGAAGGUUGUCAUAGAAACCCUCUCAAACCCUGAGGCCCAGGCCAAUCUCACAAAGAAGCUGGUGGCAGAGCUUUCAUCUAUGUCCAAUCCAUCCAAGUCCAUAGAAACACAGAAGGAGGUGGCAGUCAAGGUUCCGCCACCUGUGGCAAGGAAACCCAGGCUUAAGGUCACAGAUGCAGAGCCCAGUGUGGAGACUGAGUAUGUGCAAACUGCGGGACAGGAAGCACAGCCAGCAGACAACACUGAGGGUGCUCCAGAGGCUCCAAACGGGACAGCAGUUAGUGUUGAAGUGUCACCACCAUCAUCAUCCACAUGAGCAACACUGCCACUUGGCAAGGACUAAUCAUUCACAAAGACAGACGGACUUUUACCUGUAAAUUGAGAAGACCCAAUGUGUCAAACACCAUCUGUCAAUCACAAUAUGCAAGCGGGAGAGAGAUGGAUCAAGGGGUGAGUGGAUGAGAACUACAGAGCCUUCUGAAGGCAAGGCAACAGGACAUAGCUAAAUGUUGCCCUGUCAACAACAACAAAAACAAUCAUUUGAGUUUAUAUGAAAAUGGUGUUGGUCUUUAAUUUCUCUAAUGCUAUUUUUUCUAUUUUAGAGUAUUUUUCUUUGCCAGAAGGACUUCUUACUGGUCUGAUUAACAAUAGACAGCCAUGGACAGCAUUCUGGUCUAGUCUAGGUUGCCCUCUACUGUCAACUAUGGAAUGUUACAGCUACUGCCGUUUGGUACACAAAACAAUGAGAAGUUUUAUAAUCCACUUGUCUGGAUUAUAUACCAGAAUGUUGUAUUUUUAUAUAUUCAUAUCAUAUAAGAUCAUGCACUAUUCAAUUGUGUUAAGUUCCCAUUUCAUCCUUCAUGUUUUUGCAUUAAACAUUAUUUACCUAAUAUCUUUUUCCUGUAAACAUCUUCCAUUGCAUUUUGGGAGAAAAAAAUGUAUGUUUUUUUCUUUUGUUCUACGUUUCAAUAUAUGUCAAUAUUUUAUGAAGUCCUCUGAUGUCAUCAUAUUUUCUUAUCUCCUAGCAACUAAAAUGGUGUCAUCAGAACGGGAUGAUGUCAUUUGUUCUGAGGAUGAGAAUCAUAUUCAUGCUGAGAAUCCCAAUUUACUCUGUUACUCUGUUUUCUCUGUUGUUGAUAUGAAUGUUCAUAGAUUUGUACUGGAAGCUCACCCUUUGUGUAAAUCAAACCUCAGUCUUUCACUAGGAGUAUUUGGACAAAUAGGUAUUUGUCUUGUUUUUAAUUACUUGUCCCUCAGAUUUAGAUACACUUCCUUUCAACCAGAUAGGAGCUAUAUUAUACAUUGCAUUUAUGUUGCUAAAUUGUCCAGAAAUUGGGAUAUUCCUCAACUGAAUUGAAAUCUGCUUUGGAAGUACUAAAUAUUAUUCAAAGUGAUUUCAAUGAUAAAAGAUUAUGAACAUUUAUUAAGUAUAGUUUCACUUAUUUCAAUAUAACCGAAUAAAUUGAUUUAUUCACAAUGAAUGAAUUCAGCCAUAUCAUUAUUUCUACCCUGUUUCUGAAACAUUUUGAGAAAAGUUCUGUCAAUAUUUUAUCAGUCAGUUAGAUCCAUUUAUGUGAGACACACACACACACACACACACUUCCUGCUCUCGGGUUUCCCCCAGGUUUGUACCUUUUCCAUCUUAUCAGGAUGUUGAAACUUCACAUUCACACACGUCUGGUUUUCCAGUGUCCAUCUUAGAUGCAUCUUUUGACAGUCUGUUGACAGUCAUAAUUUAGACAAAUUAUUGAAUAGAUUGACUGUAUAUGUAAUGCAUAUUUUAAUAUUGUUAUUAUUUAGAUUUGACAUAAUAUAUUGUUUAUGUUUGAAUGUUUGUUUUGUCUGUCUCCUGGGUACUGUGUCAAACCUUGACAGGGGUAACAAAAUAAUCUGUUUCCCUUUGUCGAGGUUUAUUUUUAAACCAGAUGUUUAUUGUAUUAUUGUUGCUGAGCUGCUAUAUAAACUCUUAUUAGAGGGCAUGUCUGAGAGAAUCCAUAGGGAAUAAGGGAUUGAAUUUAUGUGAGUGGAUGGAUCUCUGUUGGGGCUUAAAACUAAAUGCCUUGAUAUGAAUUGGGGUGGAUCUUGAUUUACAAUGACAAAUGAAUAAGCAGGUCAUAGAAGAUACUAGAAUAACUUGUGUCACUGACGUUGUGUGUCAUUUGGCGGACUCUAGCUUCUGUCACAGGCUUUCACCUCAUCGAGAGGGAAGCCCGGGCGAGGCGGAGUCAGUGACAAAGAGUUACAGUAAGUGCAUGGAGUAUCAGGUCAUUCAUUCCUCCGCAUAAACUGUAAAAUACCAGUGCCUGGACUGCUUCUGAUUCACUGAAGGACUUAUUUUAUUGUGUAGCAUUGCUGGUUGAAUAAAGUCAACUCUGUCAUGACCUGGACAUCAUGAA